AUGAAAAACCACACAAUAACAACCUUUAUCUUGCUGGGACUAACAGAUGACCCUCAGCUUCAGAUUCCAAUUUUUGUUUUUCUAUUUCUUACUUAUAUAAUGAGUAUAACUGGAAAUCUGACUGUCAUAGUUCUGACUUUAGUGGACUUCCAUCUGAAAACACCAAUGUACAUUUUUCUACAAAAUUUUGCGUUAUUAGAAAUAUCAUUUACGUCUGCUUGUAUUCCUAGAUAUUUGUACAACAUAGCAACAGGUGACAGGUCAAUUUCUUAUCAUAUUUGUAUAAUUCAAGUGUUUUUUGCUGAUGUCUUUGUAGUAACAGAAUUUUUUCUUCUGGCCAUCAUGUCCUAUGACCGCUAUGUGGCCAUCUGCAAACCCCUACAUUAUGUGACCAUCAUGAGCCGCCAAGUCUGCAGGAGGCUUGUUCUCGGCUGUUGGCUGGCUGGCUUAUUGAUCAUAUUCCCAACACUUAGCCUAUUCGUAAAUUUGAAAUUCUGUGACUCCAAUGUCAUUGAUUACUUUUUUUGUGAUUCAUCUCCUAUCUUGAAGAUCUCAUGCUCAGACACAUGGCUCAUAGAGCAUUUGGUGCUUUUCUGUGCUGUGCUGACCUUCAUCACAACCCUUCUGUGUGUUGUUCUUUCCUACAUCUACAUUAUCAGGACCAUUCUCAGAUUCCCCUCUGCCCAGCAAAGGAAAAGGGCCUUUUCCACCUGUUCGUCUCACAUGAUUGUGGUUUCCAUCACCUAUGGAAGCUGUAUCUUUAUCUAUAUCAAACCUUCAGCGAAGGAAUCUGUGGCUAUUAAUAAGGGUGUGUCAUUGUUAACGACAUCCAUUGCUCCCAUGUUGAACCCAUUCAUUUACACCCUGAGAAACAAACAAGUGAGACAAGCAUUCAGUGACUCAUUCAAAAGAUUGCAUUGGUUUCAAAGACGUAAGAGAAUGUUCAAGUCUAGAAAUAAAACAUUGAGCUGA